AUGGCCCAAGAUAAUCGGGAGGUUGUCGCCCGAGCUCAUCAGCAAGUCAAUACCAUGGCAUCCUGUAUAAGGGAUAUCACGAGGGUGAAUCCUCCCACUUUCGACGGGUCUAAGGUUGAAGAAGUCCCCCAAGAGAUCAUUGAUGAAGUCUACAAGAUACUUUUUGCUAUGGGGUUGUCCACUAGUGAACAGGACAAUCUAGCCACAUAUCAAUUCAAGGAUGUGGCUCAAACAUGGUAUGUUCAAGGGAGGGAAAAUAGACCUCUUAAAGGUGGUCCGGUGACUUGGGGGAUUUUCAAGAAAGCUUUUCUCGAUCAGUUCUUUCCUAGACUGAUGAGGGAGGCCAAAGUGUCAAAGUUCAUCAACCUUCGUCAAGUAGGUAUGAGUAUGCUUGAAUACUCCAUGAAAUUUACUCAACUGUCAAAAUUUGCGCCUUCUAUGGUUUUCGAUCCUAGAGAUGAAAUGAACCUCUUUGUUGCAUGGCAGGUGGAGGAGGAAAGGGCUAGGAGGAAGAGUAGAGAUGCAAAAAGGGCAACAUCUUAUGGUGGUGGUUCUUUAAAGAAUAGGCUUGAGAUCCAAGACAAGACUAUAUUCAAGAAAAGGUUCUCAAAUCAAGUUCCAACUAAGUUCCCAAAGGCUCGUAAUGAAAAGGGUGAAAAUCCUAAGACUAUAAAGGGAAGAGGUACUAGUUCACCAAAUACGAAGUUAACUUAUGGUGAGUAA